CAGUUUUUCUAGGAAAAAAUAAAAAAUUUGAGAACCAAAUGAGUUAAAAGAGUAUUCUAAUCCCCUGCUCACCUUUAUUUAUCUAUGAUAAGUUUCAUUAGGUUGGUCUAGUACUUUGUGCAUCAUCUUAGCAACGUGUAUUCAGACUCAAAUAUAUGCGGGUCACAAUUCCAUGCUUCAUAAUCCAGUAGCUAUGACUUUACCCAGCAACUGGAACAGACAUAUCUUUGGAUCGUUCAGAAGGCUCUCAGUUGCUCCAUUCCUACUGCGACAACGGACUCAUCGUUGCUCCUUACCCUCUGAUGACCCAACAAAUACAAAAGAAGAGCUAGAUGAGAGCUACCACUCAAAAGAGCAAAGCCUCAUCUCCCUCUUCCAGUCGUGCUCCACCAUGAGGGAUCUCUCCCAGAUACAUUCCCAGAUCAUUCGAACCGGCUUCGACCAGCAUGUGUUUGUUGUGGGCAGAGCCAUCACAUUCUGCUGCGUCUCGGAGAAUGGAUCCAUGGACUACGCAUUGGCCAUCUUCGAACAGCUCCAAUGGCCAGAUGGAUUCAUCUGGAACACUAUGAUCAGAGGAUUUGGGAGGACUAGCAGAGCAGAGGAAGCUUUCCUUUUCUUCCAGAGGAUGCGACAGAAGGGGAAGGUGGCAGAUAAUUUCACCUUCUCGUUCCUGCUCAAAAUUUGCGGGCAGCUGACUGCUGUCGAAUUGGGCAGGCAAAUUCACUGUUGUGUACUAAAGCAUGGCCUGGAUGCCCAUGUCUACGUGGGCAACACCCUCAUCCACAUGUAUGGCCUGUUUGAAGAGAUGGACACCGCUCGCCGGGUAUUCGAAGAAAUGCCCAGUGUAGAUGUAGUGUCAUGGAACACUCUUAUUGAUGGCUAUGUGAACCGCGGCCGAUACAAGGAGGCUUUGAGGAUGCUUGGGAUAAUGAAGAGAAGUGGUUUCCACCCAGACGAGGCCACCUUAGUUCUAGUUCUGUCGGCAUGCUCGGAGCUGGGCGCAUUGGAUUUUGGCAGAUGGGUUCAUUCAAGCAUCAGCGGUUCCAUUCUUAAUCGGAGUAUCUCAGUUCUGAACUCUCUGAUCGAUAUGUACGCCAAGUGUGGGGCAAUUGAUAGAGCUCUUCGAGUAUUCGAGGAUAUGAAAGAGAGGAAUAUAGUUUCAUGGAACUCGAUGAUACUAGGACUUGCAAUGCAUGGGCACGCAGAUGAAGCGCUAGGGCUCUUUGAUAGGAUGCGAAAGACUGAAAUCGAAGAGCCAAAUGACAUUACUUUCCUAGGAGUGCUCUGCGCCUGCAGCCAUGGAGGUCUGGUAGAAGAAGGGCAAAGGUACUUCGAUAGCAUGAGGAGAGACUGUGGUAUCACUCCCACUAUAAAGCACUACGGAUGCAUGGUUGAUCUUCUUGGGCGAGCAGGGCUUGUGAAGGAGGCUUAUGAACUGAUAAGGAGCAUGCCGAUGGAAGGCAAUGCAGUGGUGUGGAGGACAUUGUUAGGGGCAUGCCGGGUUCAUGGGGACAUUGAAUUGGGUGAACGAGUUCGAAAGCAUCUGGAUGAGUUGGAACCUGAUCAUAGCAGUGAUUAUGUUCUCCUGUCACACAUGUAUGCAGGUGCUGGCCGAUGGAAUGAUGUGUUGAAUGUCAGAGAAUCAAUGAAAGGAAGGGGAGUUCAGAAGCCAGAACCUGGGAACAGCUUGUCGACAUGCUUUCGAGUAUGACACUUCAAAGCCUUUUUUUUUUUUUUUUUGUGCGCGCGUGUAAUACAUCCGCAAGCAUUAUUGUAAUAAUUGGAACAUAGACAGAAGCAUUUCAAGAUGGUUUCAUUGUUUUUUCACAAUACAUGAUUUUUGUGAUGUACAAACUGCGGUAUGAUGCUCUUUAAUUAUAGAUGCUAUAACUGAGCACAUAUGGCAUGGACACUAACAGCGUUGGUGUUAACAA